AUGCUCCUCCACUACGUCCUUCUCAGCCUCGGCCUGGUCUCUGCCGGCCCUAUCGCCCCCGCCGCACCCGCCGCACCUCCUCCACCCCCGGGAACCCCCGAGCCCAGCACGAUCCGCCACAGCAUCUUCAUGGACCAGAUUCCCGUCGGGUACAACCAGAACGUCUUCCUCAAGAUGCAGAGCUAUGACAUGACCGCCCAGCUGGCUUAUCACAACGGCGACAAGCCCAUGGCUUCGACCCUGCUCAGGGCCCGCAACAAUCACUACUACUGGGGCAUCUCGGACGGCGAGACCACCCUGGUCACCACCGACGAUUACAACAGCAGAUUCUGCCUUGAUGCCGGCGCUCAGCCCGCGGGCGGCAACCUCGUACACGUGUGGCAGUGCUCCCCCGGCGUCACGCAGCAGACGUGGGUGUUCAACGGACAGUAUGUGCCCGACACGGACCGCAAGGUCGGCCCCAUCAAGCUCCGCGAUUUUGACCUCUGCCUCGACCGCAACGGUGGCCAGCCUAAGGUCGCCAAGUGCUCGGGUAGCAGCGACCAGACGUGGGCCGUCAAGACUUGGGAGGCGUAG